AUGCGAUGCGCGGCGAAAGCCGCUGAGAAGACAGCUGCUGAGAAGGCAGCUGCGAGUGUUAACGCAGCUGCUAUUGACGUUUCCUAUCCUGUCGCUGCAGACGAUGCUUUGUCUGCUGCUGCAAAUCUUCCUGAAGCACCAAUUGCCGCAGAAUCAAGUGGUGUGUCACCACGUGCUAAUGAUAAUGGCUUCCAAGUGGAGCACAUCUAA